AUGAACAUAGACCUCUCCUUCAAAUCUAUCUCCGAGCUGCGCUUUGAUCAAGCGCGGGCGUCGGAGGAGGAGGUGCUUGUCGCGAGUCGUGUGCAGUCGCUGAAUGCCUGCAACAACCGCAUUAAGCGCAUCAUUGGCCUUGGAACCCUUUUCAACAACCUUGCCCACCUGGAUCUUGCCUACAACGACCUCGGCAGCCGCGCAGGCCCCGAUCUUUGCAGCUGGCUCGACGCCAUGCCGUUCUCACUCCGUGUGUUAAACCUUGCACACAAUGCGCUGAGUGUUUUCAUGCCCACCGAGACUAUGGAAGGUGGUGUCAAGAAUAGAGGUGAAGGCAACGGAAGCGCAGCUUCGGUAGCAGCAACCCCCGCUGUCGCUGUGUCGGGGAGGAUGGAGAAGGCUUUGGAGCGUCUGCGGCGAGCGUGUCCAAUCACGUUGGCUCUUUUCUUUAGCCGAAAGCGAUUUCCCUACUUGCGGGAAUUGGAUCUUUCGUACAACGCGCUGAGUUUGACGCUGGAUGAGAGUGAUCGAGUGGAAGCCAUGUGGCAAGAAGCUGUGGAGGGCCCAGCUGUGGCACAUGCAUUUAAUCAAGAGGGCAAUACAGCGUGGUUGCACCAAACAACAUCUGCAGUGGCCGUGUUACAAUUGGACGGCAAUACACAUUUAACUGCACUCAAUGGUGUGCUCUGCGGGAUGGAGGCGUUAACACACCUUCAGGCAGCAAACUGUGGGGUGUCUGAUUUGACAGCUGUUUCUGCAGCAGCAACGUUUUGCCCGAGGCUAGAACGUCUUGAUAUGCAUGGUAGCCCCGUUGCAGAUGCGUUUAUAAACGCCCCACGAACAACCAUUUCCACAUUUAUUGAGUUGCUGCUGCAACCUUGGAUUCUUUCUGAUGUUGGGGCGGUUGAUUUACAAGAUGAAACGAAGGAAAACGAGUUAGAGAAGCGCGCUACGCUGCAGCGUAUUGUUCGCGAAGUAGCGCAGCAACGUGUUGAGCAAAUAGAAACUAUUCUCUUGCGUCAGCAGCGUUCUCGUUGCAGCACACUAUCCCAAGUGCUGUACGCGGCACUGCUACAGCAAAUUAUUCCACAAGUUGUGGAAUUGGAUGGGGAUAUAGAUGUGAAUGCUGCGCGGGAGGGGCUUAUGAACGCCAUGCGGGAGGUUCUCGAACAGGUCGUAGAAGACAUUGAUAAAUCAAUCACCCCGGUGGGAAGCACCAAAGCUUCACUCUCCGGCGUGAGCUCACAGAACAGGGCGUCACAGGAAAGGCAUCGAGAGAGAAGCCAAGUCAAGCAACCAAAGCUUGUGAACUCCCAUGGGGGUACGGAUAGGUCCAGAGAUCUCUUGGAAACUCAGCUGCGUAGUACCAGCUCAGUGGCAAGGAAGGGUAGGGAAACGAUUCCCGCCUCGGACGGUGUGACCAGCACAGUUUCAAAGUCUGAACGAUCACGCAGUGCAAAAGGCAUGAUGAUGAGGGCUGCAGCUGCGGCUGCGCAGCUUCGACCGGCAGUGGUGGUGACCGGUUCUUCCACCCCUACCACCAGCAACAAUACUACCACUGCCUCCUCCAAGAUCUUUGCUCCUAGCAGCGCCUUUGACAAUAUCGUGGCCGAUGCCGAGAAUAGAAUCAAUGUGUCGUUUAGUCGAGAAUUUGAAUGUACAACGGCAACAACAAACUCCAUUGAUGCCAGCAAUAGCAGCAAUAAUGGGGUCUGUGGCAUUCAGAGCCCUGCUCGUAAGGACAAAAGUAAAUUUUCAUACGACUGGAGGAAGGAAGACAUAUCACACGUAUGCGACUCGGCGGACACUACCAACACUACGGUUAGUGCACCAGCGGCCGCACGGACGCACAGUGACAGCAGCAGUUUUUGCGAGGAAAAUGGAGGUAAAAGUCGAUUUCAACGUGCCGUUGCCGCCCUGACGCCAAUGCUGCUGCAUCGACUAAGAAGCGAAGGUUUGCCGGAUCAUCGCGCUGUUACCACCAACCUUGCUUGUUCCUCAAAGGAUGAGCGUGACACUUCAGCUUUGUCAACAUUAACGUCGAAUAGUAGCAUCUUGACAAUGAGGGAGACACUGCUGCAACAGGCGCGAGCCCUUGAGACGGCUCUCCUCGCCUCACAGAAUCGACAGAGGGGCAUGCAGGAAGAUGUGUCACGCCUAAAAGAGCAACUUCAACAAGAUCGCCGCCUUAUCAUUGAUCAACGCAAGGAGGCAACGUGUCUGCGACAGGAAUUAAACCUCCUUGUGGAGUCGAAUAGGCGUGUCGCGCGUCGUGUGAAGAAGAGGCAAAAGGAGAUUGCCUACGGUGCAGCCGCUCUUAGACGUCGAGAGGCGGUGUCACAGCGAAAGGCCGCACUGGAGUAUAUUGAGCGGGAAGAGAAAUCUCUCCAGCAAGCUGAACGCCAACUGCGGGAGAAGUUGUCGCUGAGUGGGGCGUGGACUCAUACACAUCUGACGGACUCUACCGGACUCGUUCAGGUGACACCAACAAAUGGGAUGGAGACAAUACCACCACGCAAGACGCGGGCGAAUUUACUUCGUGAGAACGCCGUAAAGGAGCGAAUGACCGCCAUGCGUGAACAGGACACGUUGUCUUAUAGCCCACGUAGGUUUCGUCCCAGUGAGUACUGUCUAAACGGCGGGGAUAAAAGCAGCAAUCGGUCGAUGACUGACACCAGCGUGCACGCCCAAACAGAGCGGCACCAAUCUCUGCGUGAGACGAGGAGGUACGGCAGAACUAUGGAGAGAGAUCGUAGUCAUAGUCAAGGUGGUGCAGGGGAACGAAUCCAUGGAAAGACGCCGUGGCGUAAGUACCGGAGCAGCUCGUCAUCAUCGCAUACAACCACAUCGACGGGGAAGACAGAGAGGAAAGAAGCGGAGCAACACUCCAUGUAUGACAAGGGGUUCAGCCCAUACAGCGACGUUGAAAAGAGUGAAGGCGUGCCUGAUAAUAGGGGUAAUAAAUGUCAUUCAAAGUCCCUUGAAGGGCUUUCACUUCAACAGCUUUUUGAGGAGGCAGCAGCUAUACAACAUCGGCAGCGUAUGCUACACCAGUGCAUGAGUGGUGUGGCUAACGCUGUUCGAAAUGAGGCCGUUAUACGGGAGACAGGAACAGGGGAGCGUGAUGUGACCUCUCAUGACGAUGCGCCUCACGGCGGCGACGAUGUUGAGGUUACUUUUGGAAGGUACACACCAUCAACGUGCAUAGGAGUGGUACAAGAGACAGGUAACGGCGGAGCGACGUCGCACGUUGCUGUCAAUGAUCUCUCGUGGCGCGCCGCACAUGGUGAGAGUCAAACCAAUGAACCGAAAAUGGAGACCAGUAAUUGCAAUGAUGAUGAUGACUCAGUGGACGUGGUUGUAUCACUGGCUGAGAGUCAGUUUAAUGCAGACCUUAUCGUUGCCACCGUACCGCCACCACUUCCUUCUUCUGAUGCGCCAGUGAAAAACGAAAACGUCACGGAAGAACCAAGGUGGCACACAGGCGCGCCACAACAACAGUACAAGGGCGAGGACGAGUGUUUAGCGCCGUUGCUUCGUACUGCAGAGGGGCACUUUUCCAUGGAUGCCCGCCGUAUAUAUACAGAGAUACUGCGCCAAAGUCAAGAGCAAUAUGAACAAAGAAUACGAGAAGCCGCUCAUCCUGAACAGCAGCGAAAACAGACCGACGUGGACGGGGUGAAGUUGGGGGGGAAGGAGGAAGUAGAGGGGGAGGAAUUAUCUACUGUUUCAACUGAGCCAAAAGGUUCCUCGAUCACCGAGAAUGAGAAUACUGAGCAUGAUGGAGGUGCAACCAAAGAAGCCUACUCGUGUUACGCACACCUCAACGAAGACGAUCGUCAUGCUCGCACGACGCGACGUGCGCUUUUCUUCUUGACUUUCGAGUCAUAUAUAUAUAUAUAUAUAUAUAUAUAUAUGCGUGUGUGUGAUUUAGCUUGGGAACAGCAGGGGGAAUGA